AUGGCUGAGAAUGCGGCCAACGCAUUCACACGAUAUGUAAGCAAAUUCUCUGGGCGGGAGGUCCGACUGCUACGCGUUGGUAAAAGUGUGUCGUCCCCCUUCCGCCAAAUAUCCGAAGCGAUUCGUCAUUCGCGCCCCUACGACCGCAUUGAAGUGGAGAGCGGGAAAUAUUUUGAGGCUCUGGCAAUUAUCCACCCCGUGGAACUUUGUAGCGCGGAGGAUGGAGAGCCGCCGAUGAUUAUUUCACGGGGGCCAUGCUUAAAAAUUAACACCGAUGGUCCGGUUCUCGUACAGAACUUCUCCAUUUUGGCAAAAGGGGCAACAGCAUCUGCUUGUCAGGGAAUAUUGAUUGAGUACGGCAGCCCAAUCAUUCGGGACUGCGCGAUUUCAUCCGUGUAUGUCAUCAACGAUGCCACACCUCAGAUAUUGCAUUGUCACAUCUGCGAUUCGGAAUCUGGACACGGUCUGUCCAUCACCGGCAGCAGCGGCGGCGUUUACGCAAAUAACGAUAUUAGUUAUCAUGACGAGCAGUGUGUGUACAUUAACACGAAGGGGAAGCCGGAACUGCGCCAGAAUAUCAUCUCCCAGAAAAAGGGGCAAAAAAAUGUGGCGGUUCUUAUUAGCGCUCGACUUUAUGGUGGCUGUGAGCCGAUCUUUUGUGAAAAUAUCAUUCGGGGUGGUGGGGAAAUGACGAAUCAGGAGGAGGUGGAUCCUGCAUCGGUGCAAUUCCCCCAGAUGUUAUACGAGGACAACUCGGGUGGUUGGGCGUCUCUUGUGGGUGUCAUGAAUGGAGCAAAGCCUUUUAUUACGGGAAAUAUGCUUUGCAACGGCGUCACGGGGUUUUACUUUAAGGAUUGCAACUUGCCGAGGGAUCACUUUUGCAAGAACCGUAUUAUUAGCUGUUCAGCAUGGGGACUUGUCGUUGGGAAGAAUACAUCACUGGUUUCUCUGCACAAUGAUGUUCAAACUUGUGGGGGUGGCAUUUUUGUCUCUUCCACGGCUUCAUGUAACGUUCCUGCAAAGGAAUCGCAUUCCGUGGUGCUAAAAAAGUGUGACUUGUUUGGUAAUUUCCACUACGGCAUUCUUGUUGACCGCGUGGCAGUUUCGAUCAGUGAGUGCAACGUCUUUGAAGGUUCAGUGGGCAUUGCUUUGCUCGGAAACUGUACAGGCAGCAAUAUUACAAAAAACAACAUGACUGGUAACCGUGUGGCAGCAUUUUCUGUUUUACGCCGUGGGGUAGCUGUCAUUGAAGAGAAUAACAUACGCGGGUGCGAUAAUGGCAUGUACGGUGUUUUUGUACAAGAUGGCUCUGAUGUGGCGUUGAGGUCUAAUAGCAUUGAAGGGACUUCUAACAGUGUUUUUGUACGUGAAGGAAGUUGCAUUUUGGCAGAGAAGAACGCUCUAAGGCAGUCAUCUGUACAUCAUGUGGUUCUCACGGAAUGUAGCCAGGCCACUUUGAAGGGAAACGUCAUUGAAGGCAGUUCUUACGCCGCCGUGGUGGUUACAAGCCGUAGUGAGUGCAAAGCCGUUGGGAAUGUCAUGUAUGCCGGAAUACGGGAAGGAGUAUUGGUGGAGGAAAAAGGACGAGCCAUUUUUGAACGUAACAGUAUGAGCUCCUUCCGCGAAACAAUGUAUGUAAAAACAGGUGGUUCCUUGCAGGCGACAGGAAAUGACGUCACGCUCGGUCAACAUGGGGUGGUUGUAGAUGGAGAGGAAAGCAACGCUGUUGUUAGUAACAAUCAUUUUCGAGGCAUGCAUGCCACGGCUGUGUACGCCCUUGAGCGUGCCACAGUUACGGUGAAUGACAACUCCGUGACUGAAUUUUCCGCGGUUAGCAUCCAAGUUGGCUCUGGAGCUAUAGCCGUCAUCGAAAAAAACAGCUUCACAAAUGGCAGCGACGGUGCCAUCCAUGUGGAUGGCUUUGGGACGCAAUGUAAAGUGCUUCAUUGUGAGAUGGAAAAAGUUGUUUAUGGGGUCAAGUUUACAAGAUCUUCAACAGGCAUUAUUCAAGAGAAUCAUAUACGUCUUUGUCAGCUUUUUGGUGUGGAAUGCAACUCGAACCAGCCUGUCACGGUUCAAGGUAACACCAUCACCGUCGCCAAUGUUGGAAUCGAUAUCUUCUCUGCUGGAGAUAUUCACGACAAUUUUAUUGGGGAUAGUGAAGUGGGCAUAUUGGCUCACACCUUGGCCAACGCACAGGUGAGAAAUCAUCGUGUUUCAAAUUGUACCGUGGGAAUUCGGCUUAUGAAUGAUACAUGUGUCAACUUUACAGACAUUAAGAUUAAAAAACCAAAGGAGUUUGGUGUGGUGGUAAACGGCCCAAGUGCUAGUGUGACGAUGAGCAACGUUACCAUAGAGGACUCUGGGGUGGCUGGUGUGUUUGUGCAAAGGGGAGGUGUGUGCCGUUUUGAGCAAUGCGUCAUCAAGCGUAGCAAAGAGGAUGGCAUUCGAAUGGAACAGGCGGGUGCGGUAGUGUUUGAGCAGUGCAGCAUUUUGGAACAGCACCAAGGCGUUAAGACAACAGGUACUUUGGGGACCGCACGGGCUGAUGGUGAGCCGAAGCUUAUAAACUGCACAAUAGACGGUAGCUUUUGCGAAAAGGGUGUGCUAAGUACAAAAAAGAGCAUCGUGCGCCUGGAGCUAUGCAAAAUCAGCGCCCGUUCUCCAGAAAAGGGACGCGGUGUUGUAGUGCAGGAUGGCGGAACGGUUUUGCUCUCGCAGUGCGAUGUUUUUGGGUGCCCUCGUGUUGGUGUGAUCGCCUCGGCCAUGUCGCAAUUGAUGGUGGAAAACUCAACCAUCGAUGAUUGUGGUAUUGGUGUCUGCUUCGGUUUGGAGCAGGACAGUUCGUCUUCACGGCAUACGCAGAUAAAAUUGAACAAUUCCGCCGCCCUCAAUAUGGGCGAUAAUGUCAAUAAAGUUUCCAUGUGCGAUGACACAAGAUGGAAGCCGCCCACGCUCUCUCAGUUGACCAUCAGAGGAUGUACAGAGGCUGGUAUCUGGUUUGAAUCUUGUGGCUUGGGUACGGUAAACUGCACGACGGUAGUUGAAUGCACCAAGGGGAUUGUUUUACAUCAUGGGAGCACCGCUAUGGUGGAUGCGACAGUUGUACGCGGCUCUGUGGACUGCGGUAUCCUGCUGCUUGGCCGGCCUUCGAGCCACUCUGUGCUCACUCACUUGAGCAUUAGUGACUCGGGCGGCUGCGGUGUGAAGAUGGAAGAAGGGGCUGUGGAUGAUGAGGAAGAGGGAGAGGGAAUGGACGAAAAAACGCCCUUGACCAUCCAAAAUUCUGAGGUUCUGCGAAACGCAAAAGGUGGAGUUGUGUUGGAGACGUGCGCUUAUUUUGAACGGUGCACAUUUGCCCACAACGCCGAGGCAGGUGUCCUCUGCAAAGGGAACUUUUGCCCGGUGUUCUCAGCCUGCCACUUGACGCGCAAUGCGGAGAAGAAUCUCGAGGCACAAUUCGGCUCCAGGCCCGAAUUGCGUGAUUGUGUCGUGGAACAUGCCCCGGUUGGAGUGCGUGUGAGGUCUAUCGUGAAGAUGACACGAUGCAUCGCGCAGCAUCUUGGCAUCGCUGUUGAUCUUUGCGUUGGUGAGAAAUCUUCUGACGUUUCACGACUAUCGGAGUGCGUCUUUACCAACAAUGAAACGGGUGUCUCCUGCGCCGGUGAGGCCUCCCAGGAGACUUGGGGUCAGAUUGCCAUUGAGGGAUGUACCUUCCACGAUAACCGAGGGACAAGUAUCAGCGUUCACGAGGGUCCAAAAAUGCUGCUGAAGACCUGCAACUUUGAAUCAUCUCGGGAAUGCGUCAAACUCACGGAGGGGGCGGAGGUGACUAUUGAGGAAUGUGAAUUCAAACGAAAUUCGAGGGGCAUUACCUCGUCCCAUGCGGCGUCAGUGGAAGUGAAGAAGUCUAUCUUUACUACCCAUACCCAGCAUGCAAUAAGCAUCAUGGGUAGCAGCGGGGAAGCCCACAUUGUUGGCAACAGCUUUUGUGGAAACACCACUCACGGUAUCUUCCUGUUCGCGAUAGGAAACGUCGUUUUGGUGAAUGGCAACAGUUUCGAAACGGAUGUGUGCAGCAUCUUUCUGCAGGAGACACCGCAGGCUUUUGUCUAUAACAAUUGUUUUCAUGCAUGUCAGACAGGUAUCGUGUUCCACGGCGCAGGACUUUGUGGGAAUGUCUUUGGAAAUACCUUUGAAAAAAAUAGAUGUGGUUGCCGUUGCGACGAAAAUGCCACUACGUACUUAUGGCGAAAUACGUUUGAAGAAAACAGUGAGUACGGGAUAUUUGUUACCGGCGGAGCAAUUCCAAUGGUUGUCGAUAACUCUUUUUUGCGCCAUACGGCCCCCAGUAGCGUUGCUCUGUGCGUUUGUGGCGGAGGGAUUGGACACUUUGCCUUUAAUCGGUACACUGGAAAUGCGUGCGGAGCACAGUUGGAGGGUACAGGCAACAAGACUUUCAUCAAUAAUAGCACAUUUGAGGAAAAUGACAUUGCCAUCCGGCUAAAGGAAGGGGCUGUGGUACAUGUUGUGGCGUGUACGUUUGUAUCUAGUGGUUCAAUGGACAUUUUUGCAUCCGGUGCAAUCGAACGAGAUGAAUGUGUCGUGGCAUAUAACACUUUCUUUUCUAAUCGCUCUGCUGCCGUUACGGUGGAGGAAAAUGCCGGGGUGACAGUUUACCGCUGUAUAUUUUGUGGAACGGAAGGCACAGGAGUUGUGCAUGGUUGCCGUGGAAAAGGCUUGGUACUCGAAUGUCUCUUCUACGAACUUGCCUGUGGUGUUCGCAUUGCGGAGGGCGGAGGAGGCAACAUCAGAAAGAGUUCUUUCAUCCGCUGCGCCACGGCAGUGGAGGUGCGCCAACUCGGUUCUGGACACUUUGACUCGUGCAAGUUCCUUGCUCGCCCAACUAGCGCGCCGGUGCUUGUGUCUGUCCAUCAAUCCUCUACGCCGACCUUCCAGCAGUGUGGUUUUGUCGGUUGGUCAGAAAUGCUGCAUCCGCUCCUGCAGUCAAGCGGUGGUGGGCUUGUCGAGGGCUCGUCAUUCGUCGCAGGUGGCAUCUCUGUGCUCUUGGAGAGUGGCUCUCAAACGAAACUGCGACGGAACACGUUUUUACGGGGCGUCAUUGGCGUGAGGUUCAACCCAUAUUCGCAGGGGCAGGUAGUGCAGAACACGUUUCACCGGCAUCUUUUAGCCGCGGUGAAUCUCAUGGACAACGCCACGGGAGAACUACAAGAGAACGUGUUUGCCCAGCCACCAGAAGGCGGCGGUAUGCUGGUAGGGUUACACAAUGUACUUAUAGAAGCAAAUAAUGUCCUUGAGAGCCCUCCGACACGGGCCGAAAAGGAAAUGUCUGACCGCGCAAGCCUGGAGCCCAACCUCAUUGCCAUAUUUGCCGAGUACCUUUCCGAAGCACCGCACUGGGCAAGGCAUGCUAUGGGUGAGACUCCGCACGCCUCUGCAUUGCCGUUGCCCAUCCUAACAGCGAUGAGCAUGCCGGGGACGAAAAAUGAAAAUGAGGAAGGGAAUGAGGUGGAAAAUGCAGUUAAGGAAGCGGCGGUGGGCGAUGCCACACAGAAAGGGAAAAUACGCCCUCAAGCAAAACGUGUGGAGGGCUCUAAACCUGUUGGGAAGGGUGGGAAAAAGAUACUGUCGAAAAGUUUUACCCUUUCUUUGAGCGACACAAUUGUUUCCGCGCCACAAGGCGUUCAGGAAGCCCUUGCGAAGUGGGUGGAGAUGCAUGGUGUUACAUUAAACGUGGAGGAAGAGAUUCGCCCCACUGUUCCUGAACCAAUGAGGCAAAUACGUGAUCAUGAUAUGUUACGAGACUUUAGUGAGCACUUCUCUGCCGUAGCGGAGGCUCAGCAUGCCAAGGAACGAGGGCACUUUGCAAAGAAUGAGUCCAAACAAACCAGAGGAGCUGUCAUGCACAAACAGGGACUGGAUGAUAGUAAAAAUGCAUCUUCAACCCAUAGCCAAAAUGCUACGCGGGAGGAUUCCAGGAGGUCAAGUGGCGUGAAAGCCCUAGUUUCUGUGAAACGAUUGUUUUCUACAGAGUUUGCUCCAUGUUCUCGUAUUGCCGCCAGGACUGAGGCACCAAGUGGCCUUCAGGUCAAAAAACAAGCCAAGCGGAGGCGUCGCCGAAGUCUUCCCCCGCCAUUGAAUAGUUGUAGCCGGAAGGCUCAACCAUCCCGUCAGCCUAUCCGUGGGCCGAUUGCCACACUCACGGGUUGUCUUCAUAAAUGCGCUGUGGAAAGUACUCGCAGACCAAAAAAGGAGGAAAUUUUUGAGAAAAUCAGUAUUGAUGCCAAUUCUGCGACGGAGUUGGCAAUAUUUUGUGAGGAGGAAGCCCAGUACUCUUCCUCUUCACUUGGAAAUGGCAGGGGAAGGCAUAGUGGAACUUUGAGUUUUCCCCUAACUGGGGCUGAGAAUGUGUCCAGAAGCGGGCAUGAUGAUGACGCCUGUAUUCGAAGUGGCGUGGAGAGUCUCUCAAGGAUUAGCGUGCCGCCUUCUCAACGUAGUGCGGUUCCGGAUGCGCAAGCACUGAGUCAAUUGAGUGGCCACGAGGGAUUCUUUACAAAAUUCGAAGAUGCAGUUCCCGGUAGUAAUACGAUGUGGAGAGAGACGGCGUCGAUUUCCAGCAGGAGCUGUUCGCAAGGUCCCCUGGAAUUGAGGGGUGCGUCGCCCCUGGAGAAUCUCUCAAAAAGUGGAGUAAGUGCUGAAUCAAAGACGGACAUUGAGCGGAUUAAAAUGAUAUCACCGAGAAGAGACCUUGUCGCGAGGAACGCAUAUGGGCAGGGCGCAAAACGCCACGUUGGCGGCAGAAAUCGCUUCGGCGGAAGCAGUAGCCUUCACACCUCCUCCUUAGAUGAAGAGCGCGCUCGUUUGAAGAAUGGCACCAAAGAAGUGCUGUACGCCACCCAAAUAAACGAUGGUGAUGGCGAUGAUGGGAUACCGGCCAAGAGGUCCGCACCGCUGAAAGAAACCCCUUACGGCAGACGGCGCCGGAAGGAUCGUGAAAGGGAGGACGCCGAUGAAGUGGAGGUGAGUAACAUCAUUAAAAAGAAGAAGCUCGCAGAACAGGGCUUUAGUCGCACUAAAAAAAACGGUCGCAAGCGGAAGAAGAGCGUAGGGAGCAAGAAUAAAGUUGCGAAUCCCACAUCCACCAAGGUGUCUCAAACUGGUAACUCACACGGAAGCCUCCAACUUUCUUCGGGGACGCAUUAUCCGAUGCCCUUGUCGAGUCCUGCAGUUCCCUCUUCAGGGUCUGGGAGUUUUCGUGGAAGCAUGGAUCCGGCGAGGGCUGCCGAGACACUGGGGAAAUCCGCAACCAAAGCCGCAUCAUCAUCGACAUUCUCCCCGAGAGCCAAAGGAAAGGUGGGCGAGGUCGAAGGUUCACAAUCUGGUUUUCAUUUACAAGACAAAUCAAUUGUAGCUGAGGGAAUUCCGGGGAAUUUUUCCGCAUCACCGCCCGUCAAGGAUGGAGCAGAUGAAGAGAAUUUGGAUUCGGAACAAUUGGGUAAAACAGCGCGAUAUCCCCACAAUCGUUCCCACACGGCAGUCCCACGUUCUGGUAAUGAGAGUUGGGAGGCCAUGGGCUUGGAAGAUACUCUGCAACCAAAGGAUGCCUCUCGUCACACAAAUACCGCGAGCGAAUUCAAAAAUGCAGGCUCUUUAUUGGAUCUUUCUCAUGGCGACGUUGAGGGAAGGGAAAGGAACAGGAAGUUUAUGAGUCCUACGUUGUUGAAUCCAUCAGAGCAAAGACCCAUAACAGUCACCAUGUCCUUAUUGGAGCUCCAUGGGGAAGGACAUGCAUCCGAACAGGAGAGCGAGAGGAAAGAAAAGCGUUCUGAAUCUGAAGAUCAUGAUGAAGUGCACCUUCCCAAGAUUGAGGCUCCAUUAUUACAGAACUCUCACAAAAUUUGUAAUAACAGCACUGCCAACAAGAGCAAUGAUAUUCAUAGUAACAAUAUUAUUGAUAUUUAUGAUCAUGAGGUUGAGGAUCGUAAAAUGGGCAAUGUCUUGGAGAUUUCUGCUGUUCCCUCUCUUUCCGGCAAGGGUCGUGCGUUGCUUGGGGUCCUCGGGGACACCGUUCUACAGGACGAUGCUGUUCUGCAAGAACAUGUGAGUGGUGCGCGUGCUGGGCCAAUUCGAAGCGAUUCAUUGGCAUCUGGGGGAUCUGGAGCGUCGCUACCCUUAUUGGAAGACAGAUACAUUCAAAAAGGGACGAAGAUGAUGGAAGCGGCAGCAGUGGCAACAAAGAAAGAAUGGGAUGAAGAAAAAGAUAGUGAUGAUGAUGAUGAAGUGGAGGAUAUCAUUGCUCUUCUUCGGUGGCUUGUUCAACUGCGUGAGCAUAGGCUUCUUACAGCAGAUCGCUUUAGCAAGGCUGUUGACUGCAUCCGGGUGAACACCAACGUUCCAUUCUUUCUUUGUGAGGGAAGUAGAGCGGGUGAGGCACCGACGUUGAUGUUGCGUUUGCCACGAACCGCCGACGAGGCUGUGAUCAUCCCGUUGUUUGGAUCAACAAUGGAAAUGAGAAAACGGACGCAACGCGUCGAGGAGGGAGAAAACAACUGUCCCCAGUCCCAAAGAAGGGGUUUAGGGCUUAUAAGGGGUGCCACCGAUACAAGCAAAGAGUUUAAGGAGCAGAACUUGUCGUGGAUGUACAAAAUGGCCAGCGAUGAAGUGAGGGAAGCAGAUGCGACGCGAAUCAUCCAAGUUCCAGCCCAGGCAUUUCAUAAGGUCAGGCCCCCUCCCCUUUUUGCAUCUGCCAGGCCCUCACAUGAUCACCGCCAGGUGAGUGAAGAAACAGUGAUGACAUUAGGACCCGCAAAUGAAUCUCGACUAUUUUCACGGUCUUCUCCUCAGGCGCUUGGCGUACUACGAGUGUCGCAGGAAAGCUUCCAAACAGGCGUGGCUGAUUCAAUUGUGAAGCCGUUGCAUAGGAGUAAAGGGCAAAAGGCCUUUUUCACCCGGGCGUUCCUCCAUAAGACUCGUCACGAUGCUAUGACGAGUUUCAAUCCUGCAAUUCCAAAAGAGACUUCACCCUAUAAUAAAUCAACGAGAGUAGCUGCAUUUAUAGCUUUGGGCACAAUGAAUUUCAUGGCGUAA